AUGGAUUCAUCAACUUUUCGUAGCGCAGCGCAUCGUGCCGUGGAUUACAUCGCUGACUACUACGACCACGUCGCCGAGUUGCCGGUGAGAUCUGAUGUAUCACCCGGAUACCUGGUGGAUCGUCUACCACGUGCUGCCCCUGAAACAUCAGAAGAAUGGUCAUGUAUCGAAGCGGACAUUCACAACCUGAUCGAGCCGGGACUGUGUCAUUGGACCCAUCCUGGCUUCAUGGCAUACUUUCCUGCAUCGUCCACUUUUGAGGGUAUUCUAGGGGAAAUGUACAGUGCGGCGUUCAAUAACCCUGCCUUUGACUGGGUMUGCUCCCCGGCUAUCACUGAACUGGAACUCGCAAUGGUAGAUUGGGUUGCUGAGCUGCUACACCUUCCCGAGGCCUUCCGGAGCGGUCAAGACAAGAGUGGCGGCGGAGUCAUCAUGGGGAGCACCACCGAAUGUUUGAUCACAACAAUGUGCUCGGCAAGGGACAAGGUUCUCGCAGGAGCAACUUCGAAAGAGGAUCUCCGAUCUAAACUCGUGGUAAUCUCAGGCUCCGAAACACACAUGUCCACGAAAAAAGCUGCCAAUGUGGUUGGUGUCCGGCAUCAUAGCGUACAUUGCGAUCCUUCUGACGGCGUUGGCUUGACGGGUAGUCAGCUACAGGCCGCAGUGGAUGAAUGCUUAGCCAACGGCCUGAUUCCUUUCUACGUCACUGUAAACUUCGGGACAACCAACUCCUGCGCCGUGGAUGACUUUCGAACCAUCGCGCAAGUGAAGGAACGCCAUCCAGAGAUCUGGAUCCACGUAGACGCUGCGUAUGCUGGGGCAGCACUUGCUUGUGAAGAAUUCAGGUCGCUCGCGGACGGCAUGGAAGAAUUUGACAGCUUCAGCGUCAAUAUGGGAAAGUGGCUGCUCACAAACUUGGACUGCACCAUGUUGCUUGCAAGACAGCAGAGCAACAUCACCGAUAGCAUGAAGAACAGCUGCACGAUCGUGGAGAACGAUGUGUCUCGAGCCCGUAUCACGACCGACUUCAGAAACCUGCAGCYAUCUAUGGGACGACGGUUUCGCUCCCUGAAGAUCUGGUUCGUGCUCCGCUCUUGGGGACAAGAAGGUAUUCGACGCAACAUCCGACACCAUAUCGAGAUUGCAGCUGCUUUCACGGAUUGGAUACAAUUACGACCCGAUUUGUUUUCCUUUGCGACAAAGCCUCAGUUCGCUUUAAACGCCAUUCGAGUCUCGGACGAAGCUGCUGAUAGGCUUGGCAUCGACGUAGAUUCCGCGACGCUGAAGCUCUACCACGUUAUCAACGCAYGCAAGGACAUGUGGGUUUCGAAGACGGCGAUUAAUGGUUGCACCGCGAUCCGUACUCUUGCUGCGAAUCCCAAGUCUGAUGUGGAAUCCUUGCGAUUCGUCUUUGAUAGCCUGGUUGAAAGUCUUGAAUCGCUGUUGAAGACUCCAGAUAAGCUUGCCAGGAGCAACUUUAUACACUCUUCAAACUAG